ACGUUCGUCUUCAUAUCAGUGCAGUGUCGUCAUAUUCGUGCAUGUAUUAAAGACGCGACGACAAAAUUUAAGCCGCAUGAACUUCCUCCUCAUCGUUUCGAAUUGAUUUCAUUUUUUACUGCUGAACUUGACAGAGCCACUUUAAUACAGCCAUGACAGCUCAAUACAAGAAACUGGAGAAGGGUCAGGACCUGGAGAGUGGAAUUGGAUCACCCUUCUUAGACAACCCAACAGCAGAUGUAUCUUUUAAUAUGGCACCACAAGCUCAAGUGAUGGGUCAUGCAAGGUAUGGCCAGCAGCCAGAUGACCAUCUUCUCUUUGCCAUACUCACAACUCUAUUCUGCUGUAUUCCAUGUGGCAUUGUAGCAAUCGUCAAGUCUGUGGAUGUUCGUAAUAAAUGGCUAGUUGGUGAUAUUGUAGGAGCUACACAGUCCUCAAGAGCAGCCAAGCGAUACUCAGUGUGCAGUCUUGUAUUUGGUGUUCUCUUCUUUUGUGCCUAUGUUGGGAUCGUCGGGGCAUUUGCCAUUUACAGCAUAAAAGUUAUGAGAGAGAUGGGAGAGCUAGGGCAACCUAACGGUGAUCAACUCAGCCUCCUCCAACAAUUACAGAAUCAGCAAGGGUAAAACCCAUGCUUGCUUGGUGCACUCCAUGAAAAGAAAUUAAAUGUAUUUCAUGAAAGAGUCAAAAAUUAUCCUCAAUCUCAACUUCAUUUCCCCAUUUGUAGGAUAAUGUCUAUGAAUAUGAAUCAUGUAGACGUGCCUCUAAAUACUUUUGUGAACCAAGCUCCACAUUGGUUAAGAGCCUAUUCUCAGAUAAUAUGUGGUUGCCAUAUUUCUAAUACAGAGUUUCUGAGCUGCACUCAAAUGUCUUCAAUUUUGAGAUGGUAGGUUUAGAUGCAUAUAAUCGUAUUUAAAUGUUUUUAAAAAAAUGCUGCAUAUUCUAGAAUCUCCCCCAAUGUAAAGAAAAAAUAACCUCUAUAAUGUAAAAAAAAAAAAAAAUGAAUAACCUCUAAAAUGUUUUUGAAAAAUUAUGUAAUUCUGGAAUCACCCCAAUGUAAAGAAAAAAAUAACCUCUAAAAUGUAAGAAAAAUAUAUGUAGUUAUAAAUUUGGAAAACACCACACACCAGUUUAAUUUAUUCUGUUUGUGUCCCACCAGUGUCUCUUCCUAGACCAAAAUAAUUGAAUACCUGGUGAAUUUACAUGUAGUACUUGUAAAUUGCUCUGGACUGUGUUUUACAAAUCUUUGUAAAGGCCCUGACUCACAUCGUUCCGUGCAAACCUUGCUUAUGAAUUGCAGGUGAUUGCCCGCAACAAAGUUUUGAGCUUGUUCAAAACUUUUCUGUGUGCAAAUCAGACUUGCGUGCGCUUCUGCGGGCAAUUGCGUGUGAGAUGCGUGCAAGAUACUGUCAAUGCGGGCGACCUGUGGGUAGCAAAAAUAGUUACUGGCAAGUCACAUGCAAGGCUUGCACAGAACGAUCUGACAAGGCCUUUAGGUAUGCAUGGCUUUGCCCUCCACUAUUGACUCUUUAUAGAUGCUAUUAUAUAAUGUUCUACCAUAACUGAUUGGUGGGAUGGCAUCACGGCUGUCAGAUGGUAAAACGGUCUAACUCGAAAAUUUGACUUUUUGAGGUAAAUUCACUUUCUUGGUAAUGUGAGGGCGCUCUUUCCAAUGGUGCUAUCAAGAAAAUCCCAUCACAUCUUGAUUUAGAGAUAAUUUCCGCUAUCUUCGUACUUUUUUGUAUUUUUCCUUCAGAUUUGAUGGUAAAAUGGUCUAUCUUUGAGUUAGCCCAUUGUCGGUAAUAUCGUUUGGAGGUAAAACGAUAUCAUUUACAUAAACCUUUUAACCUUCUUAAUUGGUGCUAUCAAGAAAAUCCCAUCACAUCUUGAUUUAGAGAUAAUUUCCGCUAUCUUCGUACUUUUUUGUAUUUUUCCUUCAGAUUUGAUGGUAAAAUGGUCUAUCUUUGAGUUAGCCCAUUGUCGGUAAUAUCGUUUGGAGGUAAAACGAUAUCAUUUACAUGAUUUAGAGAUAAUUUCCGCUAUCUUCGUACUUUUUUGUAUUUUUCCUUCAGAUUUGAUGGUAAAACGGUCUAUCUCGAAAAUCGCUAUUCUUAGAAGUUUGAGCUUUUUUAUGAGACAGGUAUAAUGCAUUUUUAGCAAUGGGACAAGAAGAAGCAUAAUAAACACUAAUAACUGAAGAAUUUUGUGCUUAUUUGGGGGGUAAGAUGGUAAAAUGGUCUAUCUAGAAGAUAGACCAUUUUACCAUCUUGUGAUGUGUAGUAUGAGUGUAUACAUGUGCUGUGGUUAAACGGUCUAUCGACAAAAGUCUACAAAAAUCUCAUUUAUUUCAUAAUUAAAACCCCAAAUAAUCACAAAAUUCUUCAGUUAUUAGUGUUUAUUGUGCUUCUUCUUUUCCCAUUGCUUAAAAUGCAUUAUUCCCGUCUCAUAAAAAGCUCAAACCUCUAAACUUUAUAGUCAUUUUUCUCAGAACAUCAAUUUUCGAGAUAAACCGUUUACCAUCUGACGGCCGAUCUUUUCUGGCCCAAUAAAAGAAUACCAGUCAUGUAGAGUCAUACAGAACUUACAAUUUUGAAGGUUUCCAUGGUGAAGUAGAAUAGUGCAGUAGGUUUCAUGGUACACCAUGUAUCUUUCUUGGGCAAGUGUUGGUCCUGAAAAGGACCACCCAAACUCGACAUUUUGACAAGUGUGUUCUUGUAAUCUUCAGGAGAACUCACAGAUAGCUUUGUGAAAUUCCCACCAGAGGAAAGCAGGAAAAUUUUAAGUGUGAUUCAAAUAUUUUUUUUUCUGACUAUUUUUUUGAUGAAUAUUGACAGUGUAGUAUUUUCCUACAUUAAUGAUGGUAAUUAUUGAUCAUGAUAUUUAUUAUCCAGAAUUCCAUAACACAGCUUAAAUAACACUUGAUUGUGAGACUGGUUUUUUAUGAUUGAUUACACUGAUCAUUGCAUUUAAUUCAUGAGAACAAAUCAAUUUUUUGAUCAAUUGCUUAGCGUUAUGAUAACUAGCCCCUUAAUGUAUAAUUUCCAUCUUUUCAGUAACAAAUUGAAAAAAAUAUAUAAUAUUUGCCCUAUUUGCCCAAUAUACAAAAGGCCUAUCCUAAUUUCCUUAUAAUGAGACCUAUAUCAGUGUCAUGUAUAUAUUUUUGUUUCCACUUAUAUAUAUUCAGCUUUGAGUUAGGGGUUUAUUGUUUUAUUUUUGUAUCUUGUUUUCAUUCUAGAGCAUAAUGUUAUGUGUUAUCAAUUGUAUUCUGUAUAUUGGUGUUGGUGUCAGAGAUAGGCAAGGAAUCUUGAAAAUAAUUGUAUGUUGGUUUUUUGUGUGUGUUUUUUAGUGUAUUGAUUUUUUGGAUAUAUUGCAACAAUUGCUGUGACUACAUGUAAUCUAGAAUGACAUAUUAUACAAGUAUAAUUUGUAUGAUUGACUUAUAUUCCCAUUACCCACAUAAUUAGGGUGUAGUGACACUUAAUGUUUCAUCAGUCAUUGUGAACAAGUUGUGCUCAUUUUCUUUAAAAAGGGGAUAUAAAAUGCGAGAAUUCAAGCUCAGAGGUACUCCUCUUUCAGCAAAUCAAGUGUAUGUAUUUUAUAAUGUGACAGAAGUGUAUACUUUCCAUUGAAAGUAUGAGCUACUAGUUCAUCAAUCAUUAUUGAUUAGAUCAAAUUUUCGCACACCCACCAGGGAGCUGUCUCUCCCGGGAAGGUCCCGUGAUGCGUCGGUGCAGGCACUAAUCCUUGGCCCGCUGAGAGCGUAGUCAUGGAGAAAAGUCUUUUCAACACAAGUAACCAGACUGCAAGCUCAGCGCAUCGAUUUUGGUUCUAAAUGAUUAAAAGUAGGAUAUAAAACAAAUAUAUCUGGCAUUUCAUUUGAAAGCAUAGUGGGAAUUAUUAAUCCUCAGUUAGACUGGCAAAACUACUAAUUGCCAGACCAAGCUCGGAUAAAUAAUUCCACUAUACUUUCUCAAAGCCUGAUAUAUUUGUUUACUGGAUUACUAAAAUUGGCCAGUAUGGUAAAAUAAAAGCAUUUGUACAUCUUUGUCAAGUGCCAGUUUUCUAAGUAUUUGAGUGAUACAUUUUUGCAGAAAAAGGCUGCAUCAAAUCUGGUACAUGCCUGAAAGUAUUUCAUUUUAUGGAUGUUAGUACAUUUGCACAUUUUUAAUCAAGUACAUGCUUGAGGUAAUUGGUACAACUCAUUAUUCCAAAGGUUUGACAGUAUGAAAAUUAAAUAGUUAUUUUCGUAUUCAUGAACCUCAUUCAAUUUCAGACUUGAAUCUUAAGAGUAAAGAACCUUAUUUAAGUUAUUUUAUUCUCAAAUUGCUGGAUUUUCAGAAUAAUGCAUCCUAAUUUCUUUGCACAUUAACAAACCUUAAUGCCAGAAUGUUUGGAUUAAGGAACCCUUGAUUAUUUUCAGAGUAAUGAACAGCUCAGUAUAUGCACAUCACAUGUUUCAGAAUCAGAAUGACAAAUGUAUAGCAAAAUAAUAUCCAACUGAGUUUAUAUGUUCUAAUGGUCAUAUUUGUUCAUAAAAUGAGAAUGACAAACUAUUGUUGAAAUAAGAACUGAAUACCUCUGUCUUUCAAAUAUCAUGUAUGUAGAAAUGAGGCUGAAAAUCGAAUGAUGUGGUUUUGAGAUAUGAUAGUAUUUUGUAGGCUGAAGUUUUUUCACAAGGAACAAGUGAUACUUAAAUCGUCGACUAACAGUGUAUGUCCAGUUGAUUGUAGACUUGUUUGUACAAAGAUUUUAUUUCAUUAAUCUGGCCCUCUUGGCCCGCAUAUAUUUGUAGGUUUGGGACUUUAUGCUUUUCUCAUAUGAAGGGGCUGUUUAUAAUCUUCAUUGAGAUAAUUACAAACUAAUGCAAUUGAUUGAAUAGUACUAGCAUGGUGUGUGGGGGGGGGGGGGGGGGUGAAUGCUCCAGAGUCUGACCCGAGUGGUCCUCAUUUACUUUUAUUGGCGUUCACUUUUCUUCUUCCUUAAUCGUGUUUUCAAACUAAAUUGAAUUGUACAUGCUUUAUUGAUUACAGAGAAUGAAACAUGAUUUGUAAACAUAUUGCAUUUUGUAACAACACAUUACUGAAGUAAAUACAUGUUUGAUUUUGAUUAGAUAUUUCUGAACAUUGUUAACUUUUGAAAUGUAGAAAGUACAGAUUUAUUUUAAAGCUUCAUGUAAAGUUGUAAAGUACAAUUGAUGCUAUAAUAUGACUGAUUAUGUAAAAUUUAGCAUAUCUCUAUUCAACUCAUAUCAAUUUUCAGUUGAUACAAGUAGUUAAUAUGACAUAUUUGUCUAUUUUUAGUUUAAAAAUGUAUAUUUUUCUAUUUCUACUAAUGUUGGUUACAAUAUCUUAACACAUUCAGGACAUUGAAAUAUUUGCAGUCUUACUUGAUGAUAAUCAAAUAUUAUUUGAUUAAGGAUAUUGGAAACAAUGUUUUUUCAUUGUUUUUCUUUUAAAAUUUAUAUACAUGUAUUAGAAAUGAAUACAGAUUGAGGAAAAAUGUAUUUUGCAAGUUAAAAUUUUGCAUUUUGGCAUGUAUACUGUGAUGUUAGGUUCAAUCAUUGCUUCAAUAAAGACCAAACCACAAAAUGUGGUCAAUUGUCCUGAAUGAGUUAAGAAUUAAUGUGAGAUAUAGUUUUAUGAACAAAAAACAUUAUUUUGUUUAUUCAUGGAAGAGUAAAUAAAGGUACCAUACUCUGAAA